AUCAAAUCCAAAUGCUGGCGCUGCUCAGCCAUGCAGUUUGUCAUCUGAACUGUGAAGCCAAAUUAAAAACCCAUUUUGGCAGCUACCGGGAUUUAUUUCAAUUUGAGAAUGGCAUCAGAAGCCAAACGACCAAAGGAAGAUGAUGUUCCCCUACAGAACUUCCUACAGUGGUGUGACCGUGUUGGAUUGGUACUCAGCAGUAAGGUCUAUGUGAGUAAAGAAGGCGCAGUGGCAGACUAUGGGAUGUUUGCUAAGGACCACAUUGAGGAAGGGGAGGUCUUAUUCACCAUUCCCAGGUCGGCUCUUCUUCACCAAGGGACGACAAAAGUCUUUGACCUGCUUGAGCGAGAGAAGGGGUCCCUGGAGAGCUCGUCAGGCUGGGUGCCCCUCCUUCUGGCUCUGCUGUAUGAGUAUACGUCACCACAAUCUCACUGGAGACCUUACCUGUCGCUCUGGACUGACUUUAAGACUCUAGAUCAUCCUAUGUUCUGGUCAAAGGAGGACAGAGACCAUCUGCUGAAGGGAAGUGGUAUUCCAGAGGCUGUGGACACAGACCUGACCAACAUCCAGAGGGAGUACAAGGAUGUUGUCCUGCCCUUCAUGGCCAAGCAUCCUCACCUGUGGAAACCUGACACACACACGCUGGACAUGUACACACAGUUGGUGGCUUUUGUCAUGGCCUACAGUUUCCAAGAGCCACAAGAAGAUGAUGAUGAUGAGGAAGAGAAGCCCUCCAAUCCACCAAUGAUGGUUCCUAUGGCCGACAUGCUCAACCAUGUGUCCAAUCACAAUGCUAAUCUGGAGUUCACACCAGACAGUUUGAAGAUGGUGUGCGUGUGUCCUAUAAAGAAAGGCCAGGAGGUGUUCAACACAUAUGGGCAGAUGGCCAACUGGCAACUCCUGCACAUGUACGGCUUUACAGAAGCGUAUCCUAGCAACAUCAACGACACAGUGGACAUCCCAGUCGCCAACCUGCAUAAAGUCGCCACUCAAGAUCCAGACAUGGACCAGCAGCUGCUGAAGAAGAAGUGGGAGAUGCUGCGUGAGAUGAUGCAGGCGAAAGGAGCAAUUGUUUUUGGCAAACACGGCUGCCUCACUGACACAGAGCUACACACAGUGCUGAAGGUGCUGUGCAUGUCCAAGGAGGAGUUCUCAGACUUCAGGGACAAUGAAGGAUGGGAGGAAGAAGAUGAAGAUGAAGAAGAGGCUUUCUCCAAUGAGGGGCUCUCCGGGUUGAAGACCAAGUGGAAGUGGCUCAUCCAUGAAGCGGCCUGCCUGACUGUGAGAUCAUACAGUGAUGAGCUGAAGGAAGGAGAACGUGAGGGAAGUGUGGACAGAGACCAGCGCCUAAUGGAGGACAAGGCUGCACUGGCAGGGCUGACCAGCAGGCAGAAGAAUGCACUGCAAGUCCGCUAUGGACAGAAGAGCAUCCUGUACAAAGUCAUGGAGCUCACAAAGACAUGAAGACUGAAAGGAACUUUCACGUUUACCAAUACACUGUUCUUUUGGGGUAUUCCGGUGUAAAAAAAAAUCUGUAAAUUAUCAUGGUGAAGCUGCAAAAACAAAUCAAGCAAUAUUAAAAGAUAACUCAUCAAUUAGAUGAGGGGAUUUGAAAGUGUGGCUGUGGACUAAUUUUCUGGAGCAUAAAUUUGUGGUGUAUUUUGCUUACUAUCACUUUAGGAAUAUAAUCGAUUUCACCUUUGAACAUACCUGAAGUUAUCUUAGGUUUUAGCAGGCUGUUUUGCUUUACUUUUCUCAAGCUGCCCCUCCCACUUUGAAAACCCCUGCUUUAUGAGGAAAUAAGACAAGGUACAGCGCUGCAGUUUGAAUGCUUUAUUAACUGUAUGUACGCAUACUGCAAUUAAGUAGCAAGAACUAAAGGCAAACUAGAAAGAACUACAAAAUACACAUGGACCAAUACAUUUACAAAACAUUCAAAAUGUUACAAAAUGGGCUGUAUUGGUCCUUCUAUUCUUCAAUUUGGAUCUUUGUACAAACUGUCACAAUACAAUGCCAACCACUCUCACUUUGCACAAUUUUACAAGUGCCAGGGAGAGAAACCUUUCAAAUGGACCGAGCAUCAGUAAACCAUCUCCGUGCACACACGCACAUGACGACGCGCACCCCCCCUUCCCCCGGGGACACUAAACUACAUCUUUGUGUCCACUCGAAGACAAAAUAAACAAAAAUGCGAAAUAAUUUUUUUCUUCAUUCAUUUAGCUUUCAGCCUUUGAGAGCAAACAAAGUGAGGAAAAAAAAGGUUUGUGAGAGGGAAGCAAAGCAAAAACAACUUUGGUAGAGUGAAAAUAUGUUCAGAUGUUUUUACAUGUCAGUGUACACUUUAUUUGACAUGUUCACCACCCUCCAUUUAUCGACUCUCCCUUUUUUCCAUUAUUUACAUCAAAAAAGUAUUUAAACAGCAUUCCUCAUUCCAUUCUCUCCGUCGCAAUUCAGGAUCAACAAAAAUGUAAAUCUUUUAGAACCUGGAGCAGUAGUCCUUACGUCCACAUGUCUAAACGACUGUAGUUGCCAGUUUAUCCAGUGCUGCCAAAAGUGAAGGGGGAGGGCUGUGUGUGUGUGUGGUGGGGGAGUGGGUGAAGGCCUUGGCGUUUCUCCCGAGGGCUACAAGUUGACUGCUAGCCAGGCUAGCUGGCACCCGUGCCUUCCAUCACCUGCUGGGCCUGCUUCUGUCCCAUGCAACACUGGGCCACCGACUGGAACAACCUGGAGAAAAAAAAAAAAAAAAAAAAAAGACAGGACAUGCAUCUCACCUUUAAACAUUCUUCAGUGCCACUCAAGUGUAAAAAUAAGUUAACCACAAAAAGGGAAAAAAUGCAUUGGUGUCGCUUUGACACACUGAACAAAAGCAUAACACUUUUUGUUAGUUAAUUAAGCUAAACCACAAAGAGGAUGGGGCAGUUGGCUGGAAAUGAGACCGUUACUUCUGAAAAUUUCAAACUCAUAACUUAAUUUUUUUACUUGCAUAAUUCGGAGUACAAAGGAAAACAGCUCUCUCCAUUUAUUAACAAGUAUAUUACACAACACACAGCAACAGAACCCAUGUUGUAAUAGCGGUAUGCAGCACUUUACUCUGCGGUUAACUGAAUAGAGGCGUAAGAGCGCUAAGGGUAGCUUGACUUGAGUCCACUUCACUUCAUUUAUCACACGUUCUCAAUCCCUGCUGACUAAAAAUCUGACAAGUCAAAACGUUAAAUUGAGGUCCACUCAAAACUUUGAUUUUUCAAUCACUGCCACAUCCUAAAAAAAAACAUGUAAAAAGAUAACUGU